AACAAAAGCUAUAGCCAAUACAGAUGAGUUUGUCUGUCCCCUCGGUCCCUGACUCUCCCCCAACAGGCUUCAUAGCUUUCCAAAAGCAGAGCCCACUGCUCACAUGCCUCCCCUUUAAUCUCCAGACUGGACAUAUAACACAAGUCUCCUUUCCACUCUCUGUGACAGACGUCUUGGAACAGUUAUGAGUUACCUAAAAUUCCUAACCUGCAUUCUCCUCCUUCACCUGUGUGAGGGGAGAAGGAUAAGAGACCCUCUAGUAGCUCAGCAAUCUGCUAGAGCGCAGAAGGCCUACGUUCCUGUAUCCAGAUUCCGGAUGUUUGUCCCAGGAGAGCCAAUUGAAGAUGCCUGUGCCAUCUUGCCUUUCCAGCCUCACACUUUGGACUCCUGCCAUUUCAACUCCAGCCAUCCAUUGGUCAUCAUCGUCCAUGGAUGGUCGAUGGAUGGGACCAUAGAAAGCUGGGUGUCAAAACUGGCAACAGCACUGAAGUCAACUUUGAGGGAUGUCAAUGUGGUGAUCCUGGACUGGCUCCCCCUAGCCCAUCAACACUACCCCAUCGCAGCUCAGAAUACCCGUGUGGUGGGGCAGGAGGCAGCACACGUGCUACAGUGGCUAGAGGAAAGUUCUCAGUUCUCCCUGGAAAAGGUCCACCUGAUUGGAUAUAGCCUGGGCGCUCAUGUUUCAGGAUUUGCUGGCAGCUACUUGACAGGGCCCAAGAAAAUUGGUCGAAUUACAGGCCUGGACCCUGCGGGCCCAUUGUUUGAGGGUAUGUCUUACACAGACAGGCUAUCUCCUGACGAUGCCACCUUUGUGGAUGCCAUUCAUACCUUCACUAAGGAUCAUAUGGGAUUGAGUGUGGGCAUCAAGCAGCCUGUGGCCCACUUUGAUUUCUACCCCAAUGGUGGGACCUUCCAACCAGGAUGCCACAUCCAAAAUUUGUAUGACCAUCUAACCCAGUAUGGUCUGCUAGGUUUUCAGCAAUCUGUGAAGUGUGCCCAUGAACGCUCUGUCCACCUGUUCAUUGACUCCCUGGUGAACAAGGACAAGCAGAGCACAGCCUACCACUGCAGCAAUGACAGCACCUUCAACAAGGGUAUCUGCCUGGACUGCCGCAAGAACCGCUGCAACACGCUGGGCUAUAACAUCAAGAAGGUGCUCACACGCACCAGCCGGAAGCUCUACCUGAAAACCCGCUCACGCAUGCCUUACAAAGUCUAUCACUAUCAAUUUAAGAUCCAGUUCGUCAACCAGAUUGAGCAAAUCGAGCCAUCACUCACUAUCGCCCUCACUGGGACCAAGGAUGAGAGUGGGAACCUGCCCAUCUCCUUCGUUGAGGAGAUCUCCGGUAACAAAACAUACACCUUCCUUAUUACCCUGGAUAAGGAUAUUGGGGAGCUGAUGAUGCUCCAGUUCCGCUGGGAGGGCAGCGCCGUGUGGGCCAACAUUUGGAACAAGAUGCAGAUUAUGAUGCCUUGGCACAAGGAACGCAAGGGAUCUGGGCUCACCGUAGGCAAGAUUCGUGUCAAGGCAGGGGAGACGCAAAAAAAGACAUCAUUCUGUGCUGAAACUGAUGAUGAGCUGCACAUUCCACCAUACCAGGAGAAAGUUUUUAUGCGGUGUAAUGCAAACAAUCAAAAAACAAAGCGGAGAAUGCAGAGCUGACUGAUUUGCACUUCAAUACAUGCAUGGUUACCAGCUUGAACACAAUGUGACUCUAUUCCUGAGACAAGUAUGUGCACAGGAAAUUGAAUUAAAUAACUAAAUCAUACAAGCUCUUCUGUGUUACAUCUUCACAAGCUUUCUUAAUUUUUGUGUGCUUGUAGAAUUUUGUGAGGUUUGUCCACUUUUUUUUUUUUUUUUUUAAAUUUCCAUUUACCACAUCUAUAUUGUAAGUUGGUGAGGGUAAUGGCAAAGCUGUACUUUUUAAACAUGACCUGAAUCUUACAGCCUAGUCUAUGGGAUUUGCACUAAGGAGGAGAGCAACUGGGAACCAAAGUUAAUAAUGAAAAAAGGACUAGAAUGAGAAACUUCAUUCUUUGUCACAACAUUUUGCAAGAAACUUCCACUUCCAUCAAAGUGCCUACUUGAAUGAUUACCUUUUCAGGCCAAUGUCCUCUUUCACCUUUAUCAGUUUCUCCAUGUAAAUUAACUUACUCUUAUGAUCAAGUGCAAAGGCUGCAUACUUUAACUAUGCUUAAAAAUUCUUCCAAAAAAAAAAAAAAAAAAAAAA